CAGCCAAACAAGGACCGUUUACAUUAAUGGUGCACCAGUUGACAGCAAGGCUACACCUGCAGGGAGGACUCUGGGGCAAGGAGGGUACCUCGUGCUGGGUAACGAGCAACAAAGGCUAGGUACAGGAAUGGAUACCAACAAUAUGUUUAAUGGAGAAAUGUUUAAUCUAAAUAUGUUCAGUAAGAAGUUGAGUAAUGAAGAGAUCAAGGAAAUGGCAAGGGACAUGUGUUCUGGAGUUGAGGAGACACACGGUGAAGUAAGAGUUAUGAAGUGGGAAGACGUUCUCCUAAAAACAAGGACUGGUAACAUCACAGAGAUUGACACUAGGUGCAAGAUCGUGCAUCUGCAGGUCAAACUGCAACAAACAGAAGAGAAGUUAAAUGAGACACUCACAGAACUAGAGCAGAGCAAGGAAGAAACAAGUACCUGUAAUUCUGAACUGGAGAGCAAAUCACAGCAACUAAAUGAGACACUGGGGGAGCUCGCUCAAACCAAAGAAGAUAAGGAAACAUACCGAAGAGGUUUAGAGAACAAAUCACAGCAACUGAAUGCCACCGAGACAGAGAAGGAGACGACAAUCAAAGAGCUGGACACGGUGACCCAGGAACUCAACAUCACUAAUACAGCUUUGAACCAGACUCAAGUAGAGCUCAAACAGGUCAAAGAUUUACUUGAAAAGGCGAAGGAUUGUCCACUCAACACGACCAUUAGCAGCUACUGGGAUCUCCUUUAUUCAACAGAGUUCUUUGGUGCAGUCAUAACUUCCCACAAACUUGAAGUUCUAACCAAGAGCAUUGAGAAACUUGAAUACUUUGAAGGGACCCGAAUAACUGACGGAAUAAUCCAGUUUUUUAAAAUGUUUCACGAUGGGGAAGAUCAGUGCCUCAGCUAAGUAAAUACAGACAUGGCGGGGUAACUGUAAAAGUGACAGAGGAACAAUUCAUACAGCAGUUCUACCGCUAGAUUCUUGUGCUGAUAGGGUAAAUGAACUCAACUCUGCUAUCUUAGCCAUUUAAGUUUACUCCUCCCGGAGUUAUAAAAUGAACAAAAAGUUUGGAUCUUAAUUAUUAAAUGAUUCAGGCAUUGGUAAACUAAUAUUUACUAAAUAUACAUUAAUUUAAAUUUGUAACUUUUCGUUUAAAAACUUUUGACGAACUGGUCCAUUUCAAAAAAAUAUAUACUUUUUCGUAAAUUAAAUCAGUGUGUAUUUUCGCUAGUGUAUACGUAAGGAUAUGGCUGAUAAAACCUGAUUGCUAAGAAAAAUCGGUUCAAUUGUAGUGCAAUGUCAAAUGUGUGGUGUAAUUCUUAAUCCUUAUAUUAAAUAUAAUCAUAGUGUGCAAACUUUUAAUUAUUUUUUAGAUAUUCAAAUGUUAUAGGUCAUUGAAAAUGGUUCGUUCAGUUUUCAACUUGCCAAUUUGGUCGAUAUUGUUCUUUUUGAUAAUUAAUAAUUACAUCAAUACUUUCGAUAAGAUUAAGAAAGCCUGAUUUAUAAAAUUGUUCUCAUUUGUCAUUGCUCAUCAUUUUUAAAAUUUGAAAAUUACAAAUGAUUCAUGAACUUGCAUUGAAAUUGAUGUAAAAUCAUACAACCUUUUUAUUUCGACUGAAUUC